AUGUGUAGAUGGAACUAUUCAAGGGCAGAUUGGACUAAAUUCACGCGAAAUAUUCAUGAUGCAAUUAGAGCAACAGGUUUAGAGGCAGCAUUAAUCAGAAAUAAAGGUGAGAUUGAUAAAGUUGCAAAACAAGUUCGUGACAUCUUAAAUUACAACAGAUAUUUAGAAGAACAAAAACUGUUUAAACCUGAUAUUGAAACAGUAAAACAAGGUUAUUGGUCUAAAAUUAGUAAAUCAAUGAAACUACGAACGAUACAGAAAAAAAUGUCGAGAAAACCUCAACAACCAAUCUCUUGUUUAAUUGGUAAUAAUAACAAAAACCUUGUGGAAAAACAUGAGAUAGCUCAGGAAUUUAUAGGUGAAUUUUGCUCCGAUAAUUAUCUUAUUGAUGACACGGAUAACAACAGUGAUCAAGAUUUAAAUACCAAUGUAAAAAUAGAUGAAUUUAUCGCUGGUGUAGAAAUGAAUAAUAUUCUAAAACAAAUGUCACCUAAAAAAGCGGCUGAUUUCUUAGAAAUAUAA